UAGAAUAGGUGAUGAAAAAGAAAAGUAUAAGGCAUUCUAUUCGUGCCAUAACCCAACUAAAAAUGAAAACUUCAGGGAUACUAGCUCAGAUGAAAAGAAUGAUUAUAAGUUGUCGAAUGUGGAUGAAGUUGAUAAAUCACUCGCCAAUUCAAAUAAGCUGGCGAAUACUGAGUCAGGUGAUCCAAUGGGGCUUGAAUGGUAUUUACACGUAGAUGGAGGUAUGAAUGAUAAUAUUGAUGAUGAUGUCGAUUGUAUUAAGAUUAUGAAGUGUACGGUGGUUGAGAACAAAGAAGAAAUGAGUCAGAGAAGAGAGAUAGUUAGUAGAACAAAUGAAGAUAUGAACAAUACGAAUAGAGGUGCGGUAGUGAUAAACAGUAAUAAAAAGAGGAUCGAUGUAAAUAAUAGAAAUGGUAUAAUUAUUUGUUCGACAAGUAGUGAUAAAGCAUGUCAAAAGAUUAAUGUAAAACUUGAAGACUCACCAGAACCGGAUGGUAAAAAUAAAUGUAAGGUGUUCGUUUAUCAGCAAAAAUCAGAAGAUGAAGGAAGGAUGGUGGGGCAAAUUGAAGAAAGUAUAGAUAAAGGUGAUGAAAACGACAAAAGCGAUAGUGUGCAUGUGAUAGCCGUAAGGAGAUUUAAAACAAUCGAAAAUGAUAUACAAACCUUAAAAGGAGGAGAUAGAAUGAUGAAAGGUCAAACCGAUCAGAAUAAAUUAUGUGAAGGGCGAUCUUUAGAAAAAGAUAAACAAACCUCUAAGGAGGAGCAUGAAUUAGAAUUUCUGGACAAUGUGGGAAAAUUUCGUCAAAAUCUGAUUAAAACCAAAGAACAAUCAGAGUUAUUGAACCCAGUA